AUGAAGUUUUGUGGAUUCCUGUUAUUAUUUGUGAACCUGUGGAUUGGUGCAUUAGCAGAUUGUCGUAUGCGGGAUUAUUGCGCUACAGUUGGAGGUUUCUCAAGACCAUGUCCCGUUAAUAUAGAAGCUCCAGUUCUAAUAGACGACUUGGUCGGCGAAGAAGCGACACGUGCCAUAGAAAUUCUCAACCACAGAUGCCCGACUUUAACUCAUGAUUCUGAAGGUAACAGAUUACCCGAUAAUGAAAUACGCACUUGUUGUACACUGCCCCAAUUAAUAGGGAUGACGGAAUCUUUACAACUAGCCGAAGGUAUUCUUGGCCGCUGUCCAGCAUGUUUCCGAAACUUCGCAAGGCAGGUUUGCGAAAUGAACUGUUCCCCAGACCAGUCACGGUUUGUUGAAGUAAAUACGUCGACAACCGCAGAUAAUAUAGCUUAUGUCAACGCAAUUGACUACAGACUACAUGAAGAUUUCAUGAUAAAUGCUCACGCAUCAUGUGUUGGUGUUGUUGUGCCGCAGACAGGCUUGCCUGCUAUAAACAUGAUGUGUGGGGCCGCUCCAGUGUGUGACGCCGAUGCUUGGUUCGGAUUCUUUGGAGACACAACAAAUAAUCCGUUAGCUCCAGUGCAGGUUAAUAUUUUGAGAUGGCCUACUACAGAAGAUUCUAUGAGUGUACGUGCUUUGACAUGUAAUGAAACAUACGGUGACGAUCUUCCCUGCAGUUGCCCAGAUUGUUCCGCAUCAUGUCCGAUAGGCACUGAGCCUGUGGUUUCUGAACAAUGUACUAUUUUAUCCGUAAACUGUAUUGGCUUCGGUGUAGGAAUAGCAUUCUUCGUACUUACUGUAAUAGUAUUUAUAAUAAUAUGUUUGUUCGAAUAUAGAUCAAAUAGAUUUGUCAGUUCAAAGCCGAAUGAUAGUUUCGAUUCUAGUCAAAAUUCUAUAGUUACAUUUUUUCAAACUUUGUUUUCAAAAAUAGGUGGCAUAUCAGCAAGUUAUCCAGUUUUUAUGAUUAUGUUAACUACUUGGCUUGUAUUUGCUAUGUCGGGAGGUAUAUUAAGUUUAAAUAUUACAUCCAACCCUAUAGAGCUUUGGUCGGCCCCUUAUUCUCGAAGUCGUCUAGAAAGGGAUUAUUUCAAUUCAAGGUUUGGUCCAUUCUAUCGUGCUGCUCAAGUUUUCUUAACAUUUGAUUUAGAUCCUUUCGAAGUUAAUAAUGUAACUUAUGGACCAGCUUUUAGAUUUGAAGCCGUUAAAGAGUUAAUGAAAUUGGAAGAUGCUAUAAUAGACAUAGGACAAAACGACGGCGGCGUUACUUUACAACAAGUUUGCUACGCACCUGCCCGACCUCGUGGUGCUGAGGAAAGAUUAGAGGAUUGUGUGUCUAUGUCUGUGUCUGUUUACUUGGGCAAUAGCAUUGAAAAUCUAGACAAUUCUACUUAUCUCAAUACAAUUCAAUCAUGUUUAAACAACCAUUUUGGCUUAAAUUGUUUAGCAUCAUGGGGUGGUGGUGCAGAUCCAGAACUUACAAUUGGGGGAUAUGAAGGGGAUGAUAUUUUAAGUGCCAAUACUCUACUAAUUAAUUUUCCCAUUUCAAAUUUUAAUUUAGAGGAACAACUUAGACCUGUUCUAGAGUGGGAACAAAAUUUUAUAACUUUAUUACACAACUAUAUCCAGAAUGAUAAACCUGAGUAUGUCACUGUUGCGUUUGCAGCAGAACGGUCGGUUGAAGAUGAAAUUCGACGAGUUUCCGUUGCAGAAGUUGUGCCCAUUGCUAUUAGUUAUGUUCUUAUGUUUAUUUAUGUAAUGGUGGCUUUGGGAAAUAUUAGAUCUUGUAAGACAUGGUUCGUUGACAGUAAAAUAGCAGUGGCGUUGAGCAGUAUUUUGGUAGUUCUUGCUGCCAUUGCUUGUGCUAUUGGUACGAUGGGCUAUGCCGGCAUUACGGUGACAUUGUUAGCUAUUAACGUUAUACCAUUUUUUGUUUUAUCUGUUGGUAUUGAUAACGUUUUUCUCAUGGUUAAUGCAUUGUCUGAUAUAGAAGGUGAAAUAAAAACGUAUAACGAGUAUAACGAAAAUAUGAGUUUUGAGAAGAAGAGAAAAUUGAUUUUCGAGAAAAUGUUUAAACGCAUAGGUCCCUCUAUAUUUGUAUCCUCUGUUACUCAAAUAACCUGUUUCGCUAUUGGCAGUCUCGCCAGUUUUCCCGCCGUUGUAACUUUCGCUAUAUUUGCGUCUCUUUCGUUAGCAUACCUAUUUAUUUUCCAAAUCACUACAGUAGUAGCAAUACUAUCUAUUGAUUAUAAACGAGCUACUCAAAGUAGAUAUGAUCUAUUCUGCUGUGUGCAAAGAAAAAUAUUAGAUGACGAAAACCCUUUGCACUCUGAAACACCUCAUAAGGGUGUAACCAGAAGAUUAAUGGAGCCUUAUUCUAAGUUCAUUCUUAACUGGAGAGUAAAAAUUGUAGUAGUAAUUAUUUUUAUGUUUAUAGCUUCUUUUAGCGUAGUUUUGAUACCACAGAUCGAAAUCGGACUAGAUCAACAACUAGCACUACCUAGGGAUUCUUACGUUUAUUCUUAUUUGGAAGCUGUUAAUAAUUUAAUGAUGAUUGGGCCCCCGGUAUAUUUCGUACUCAAAGGUGGUUUAAAUAUGACAAACCCUCAACAUCAAAAUGUAAUUUGUGGUGGUCAAUUAUGUAACGAUGACUCCUUAUUCACACAAGUAUUUUUAGCAGCGCAACACAGUGAUAUUACAUAUAUCGGCAGGAGUUCUAACUCUUGGCUGGAUGAUUUCGUAGACUGGACUAAUUUGGCGAAUUGUUGUAGAUAUAAUACUACAAACGGUGGCUUCUGUCAGAGUGCAGAUAAUUCAGCCGAAUGUGCUUCCUGUGUAAUCGAUAGGUAUGAAGAUUUUGCUAAUGGUUUAAGACCAAGUAAAGAAGCUUUUGAGAAGUAUAUUCCAUUCUUUUUACAAGAUGCACCUUCACAAGUCUGUAACAGUGCUGGAUUAGCCAGCUAUUCGAGUGGCGUGAACUACGUAUUGGAUUCCGAAGGAAAAGCUACGAUACAUGACACAAAUUUUAUGGCUUAUCACACUACAUUGGGUACUUCGAAAGACUACAUAACCGCCAUCAAAUAUGGUUAUGAAGUUAGUGCCAAUAUAACUGAGGCAAUCGUAAAACAUACAGGUGCCGACGUUGAAGUAUUCCCUUACGCAGUAUUUUACGUGUUUUAUGAGCAAUAUUUAUACAUGUGGGGUAACACGUGGGCCUCUAUUGCAUACUGUCUCCUUGGUGCAGUUUGUUUUAAACUUUUAGCGUCUGGGUUUAAUUUAUUGACAACAUUUGCAGUAAUUUUUACUUCCAUUCUCGUCCUUGUAAAUAUGAUGGGUGUGAUGUACAUUUGGAGUAUUCCACUAAACGCUGUAUCCCUUGUAAACUUAAUAGUAUCAAUCGGAAUAGCUGUGGAAUUUUGCACUCAUAUGGCCUAUGCCUUUGCUACCAGCAACCGUCCUCCUGGAGAAAGAGUGGAGGGUGCUCUACAGACAGUAGGACCUACAAUUAUAACUGGUAUAACUUUUACUAAUAUUCCAAUAAUAGUUUUAGCAUUUUCUUAUACAGAAUUAAUUGAGAUAUUUUUCUUUAGAAUGAACUUUAGUUUAGUUAUUUUAGCGUUUUUACACGGCAUGGUGUUCUUCCCAGUGUUAUUGAGCUACUUGGAAUAUUUAUUCAUUAAAAAGAAAUAA